AUGAAAAGACUCUAUAAUGAUCUUCGUGAAGUGAUUAAUUCGCAUCGUAGGCUGAAAUUCAAAUCCAUUCAUACGUAUGGUUCAACGAGGAAUAUCCAAGAGCAGACUAUUAUACAUCCGCUAUUGCUAAAGCGGGCCGAUGUGCUUAAAACUGAACUCAAACAGAUUGGAGAUAAAAUGUCUUCAAGCGCAGGCUUCACUAUCAGCGAUUCAAAGAAGUUUGCGAGGAUCACACAAGUGGUUGAGUUGUAUGAUCGGUUCGUAAAACAAUCUGCUGAUUUUUCUGGAUUGAAGGAAAUGUUAAGUGAACCAGACCUGGAUGAGAGUUUGAAAGAGGAGGCUGAAAAUGAACUCAAACUGACUCACAAACGAUUGAUGGAGACAUCUAACAUGUUAAAAGCAAAAUUGUUGCCACCAGUCCCAUAUGCGGAUCGUCCUUGCUUAAUAGAGCUCCGUCCAGGGGCAGGCGGACAUGAAGCAAACAUAUUCACAAACGAUCUUUUGGAGAUGUACGUCAGAUUUUGCCAAAUCAACCAUUGGCCGUUCGAAAUUGUGUCUAAAAAUGAGCAUCCUUCAGGGAAAGGGAUUGUGGACGCGACUUUGAUGAUAAAUGAGCAAGGAUCUUUCGAUAGAAUGAGACACGAGGCCGGUGUCCACAGAGUCCAGCGCGUACCAGAGACGGAGAACAAAGGACGAGUUCAUACAUCGGCAGCCGCUGUGAUUGUUUUGCCCAAAAUUGAAGCAGACAAAAGUGACCCUGAGUAUAGAAAGUUCAAAAGCGACGAAUUACGGAUCGACGUAAUGAGAGCUAGGGGCUCAGGAGGUCAACAUGUUAACACAACAGAAUCUGCAGUUCGCAUAACUCAUUUACCAACUGGAAUUUCCGUUCAUAUACAAGAUGAGAGAUCACAGCUGAGGAAUAAGGAAAAAGCAAUGCAAAUCUUGAGGGCCAGACUUGCAGACCUUGAAAUGAGAAAUCGAAUGGCGAGAGAAAGAGAGCAAAGAAACGAACAGGUUUCCUCUGUGGAUAGAAGUGAUAAAAUUAGAACAUAUAACUUUCCUCAAAGCCGUGUUACCGAUCAUCGAUGCAAUUUUACUCUUUAUGAUCUUGAGGGCUGUUUGUCAGGAGAACGUCUAGGUGAACUGAUGGACAAUGUAGCUCGAAAGGAAACGAAUGAUCGUAUAGCUGGAAUCCUUUCUACAAUAGAGACGGACUCCUCACUUAAUUGUAUAUAG